CACCCACUGUGUGGUGUUGAACACGAGGCUGCUGAGAGAUGAGUUUCCUCAGAGUGGCGGCGAGCAGGAGCGGAUUCAGAGUGUUUGGGUUCUGCUCGAGGCUCAGAAUGACUCUCCAGAACACUCCGGACAUUUCGGCUAAAGGCUGUUCAAGUUCCUGUGAGAACCGGAGCGAGCUGAGGUGGGACCUGAGGCCGGAGCAGAUCCGGCAGCGGACGGAGAAGCUGAUGCAGAGGAUAAAGCACGCGUACGACUCUGUGGCGGUGGUGGACGUGGAGAAGGUGUGUUAUGAGAACACGUUGCAGGUUCUAGCAGAGGCCAAGCUGGAUUACGCUGCGUCCCGGCACAUGCUGGACUUCCCUCAGUAUGUCUCCCCGUGUAAAGACGUGCGAUCUGCGAGCACCGAGGCAAACAAACGCCUGUCUGAGUUUGACGUGGAGAUGAGUAUGAGAUCAGACGUGUUCCACAGACUCGUAGCACUGCAGGAAAGACGGUGUACUGAUUUAUUCCCCGAGUCGAGGAGGUUUCUGGAGCGGCUGAUUAAACUGGGGAGGAGAAACGGACUGCAUCUGUCUGCUGAUGUGCAGAAGGAGAUCAAAAAACUUUCAAAAAGAAUCAGUGAACUUUCAAUAGAUUUCAACCGGAAUGUGAAUGAAGAAAACACAGUGCUGAUGUUUUCCGCAGAAGAGCUGGAUGGUCUGGCAGAGAGUUAUUUAAACAGCUUGGAGAGGACAGAGGACGGGCGGUACAGGGUGACGCUGGCGUACCCGCACUAUUUCCCUCUGAUGAAGAGAUGUCACGUUCCAGAGACCAGGAGGAAGAUGGAGGCGGCUUUUCACAGCAGGUGUAAAGAGGUGAAUACAGAAAUCCUCGAACAGCUGAUCGAGUUGCGUGCGAAGGCGGCGAAGCUGCUGGGCUUUAGCAGUCAUGCUAACUAUGUGCUGGAGAUGAACAUGGCCAAGAACUCCAGCAGCGUGUCCCGCUUCCUGGAUGAGUUGUAUGAGAAGCUGAAGCCGGUGGGUCAGAAGGAGCGUCAGUACCUCCUCUCACUCAAACAGGCGGAGUGCCAGAGGCGGGGCCUGGACUUUGAUGGACGGCUGCACGCAUGGGAUCUGCUGUACUACAUGAACCAGGUGGAGCAGGUGAAGUUUGCGGUGGAUAAGGACAAGCUGAUUGAGUAUUUCCCUCUGGAGGUGGUGACUGAGGGUCUGCUGGGGAUCUACCAGGACCUCCUGGGGCUCCGCUUCCACCAAAUCCAAAACCCUCACGUGUGGCACGAGAGUGUGAAGCUCUACACUGUACUCAACUCCACCACAGGCGAGGAGAUCGGACGCUUUUAUCUGGACCUGCAUCCCAGAGAAGGGAAGUACGGCCACGCAGCGUGUUUUGGCCUGCAGCCUGGGUGUCUCGGUCCGGACGGGAAGCGUACAAUCCCGGUGGCAGCCAUGGUGGCCAACUUCACCAAACCCUCACGUAACUGGCCAUCUCUGCUGCAGCACCAUGAAGUGGAGACCUUCUUCCAUGAGUUUGGUCACGUGAUGCACGAGCUGUGCUCCAGGACUCGCUAUGCGGAGUUCAGCGGCACGCUGGUGGAGACGGACUUUGUGGAGGUUCCCUCUCAGAUGCUGGAGAACUGGGUGUGGGAGAAGGAGCCACUCAGGAGGAUGUCUCGCCACUACAUUGACGGCAGCUCCAUCCCCGACAGCCUGCUGGAUAAACUCAUUGUCUCCAGAGUGGCUAACACUGGUCUGAUGAACCUCAGACAGAUCAUGCUCAGUAAAUUGGACCAGGCGCUCCACACCAAGUCUUCUGCUGACACUGUGGCCGAGUUCUCCAAACACUGCAAGGAGAUCCUGGGAAUCCCAGCAACACCAGGGACGAACAUGAUGGCGAGUUUCAGUCACCUGACCGGAGGUUAUGAUGGUCAGUAUUACAGCUACCUUUGGAGUGAAGUUUACUCCAUGGACAUGUUCUUCAGCCACUUCAGAACCAAGGGGAUCAUCAACCCUGAGGUAGGUAAGGAGUACAGGAGAGUGGUUCUGGAGGCUGGCGGCUCGGUGGAUGGGGUGGAGAUACUGAAAAGGUUUUUGGGUCGUGAGCCACGUCAGGACGCCUUCUUUCAGUGUAAAGGCCUCGCAAAUCAGAGGUUGUCCCCGAGGAUUUUUUUCAGCAGAGAUAAAAACCAGAGGGGGGGAUGAUCCCCACCAUCCCCCCCAGCAAAUCGCACCCAGGACAUGGGUAUACCUAUCAUGUGGGCCGAAGUCAGGUAAAGACGAGGGCUUCGUGUACUUCCGUACGUCAGUGAACAAUCCUGGUGGAAGCAGGUAAACAUCGUUCUCUAAGCCUGCUAACCUCAAUUUUUGCAAAUACCUCUCCCUCUGCUCGCCCUGUAAAUGCCCUACGUCGCUGGAUAGUGAAGGUGUUUUCUGCAUCUCACUCCUUUUUCUUUUAUGUUUUUCGUUUGUCGCCUUCCUCGCAUUCAAACUGAUUCGAGCCGUGACGUCCAAAAUGGCAGCCUAACGAUGCAUCACAUGACUUGGUCACGUGGGUGAAAAACCUCAAUAUUUGCACCGCACACUUCACAAGGCGGAAACCUGUGAGCGCGGGGACUUUUAUUUUGGAAGCCGGUGGUCCAGCGGCCAUUUCUACAAGACUUUUUGGGUGUCGGGCUGUAGAAAUCGCUGAUGUGACGGAAUAUGGGUCUGCUGUUCCAAGGCCGACAUUUGGACACUUUUCCAUGUCUCUCAGUCUGCAUUCAUCUCAUUUUCUUGUAUAUCCGUGAAAAUUAAACCCCAGACACGCAGCACCCGCCGCCUUUCGCCCAAAAUGGCCGCCGCGCUGUUACCGUGUUUAGAUCGGUCACGUGCUCACCUUCUGACCAAUCAGGAUCCAGAACUCAGCAGCGCUGUCUUGCAUCCAGCUCUUGAUCUGUCACAGAUUUAUAUUAAAUAAUGCUGCAUUCCACUAAAUGGCGUAACUCGUAUUUACCUCCCUGGACCUCCGGCCAGGUAAAAAAUAAAUCAAAUAAAAACUCAACUUGUUAUUCCUGUUCAGGAAACCAAGACCGUCUCCGCAACCCCGAGUUCAGGAAGUGACGUCAAAUCAAAAUGGCCGCUCGCAGCAAGAACAGUAAACACAUCAGCACUUAUUAGCUUUAAAUGAGUUAUACUGUGUAUAUACUGCAAAUAUUAGCUUUAGAACAAUCAGCAUACAGACAUAUUCACUCGUUAAAUCUAUUACACUGACUUUACUGUCACUAUUCUGAGGAAAAUAUACACCAGUUAGCUGCUAGCUUGUUGCUAACGGAAGAAGAGAAUGGAGGCGCCGAACGCAGCAUUAAUCUCCAGAGAUGCAACUCCCAAACCUGACCACAAGAUGGCAGUGUCUGAUUAGUCGAGAACACCUUAAAUCCUUUCUGUACAGACAUUUUAUUUCGUUCUGUUCUUUUUCAUUACUUAUAAAUAAUAAAGCCGUUAUUAUCCCAACCUGAUAUUAUGUAUGAACUAUAAUUACAGUUAAACUCCUAUUCACUCAGCUAUUCUCUUUCCAUUUUUUUCACAGCUGUGAAUUGUACUCUUAAAUAAUUACAGUUUAUAAGUUCAACCCUUUAUUAAAACUGCUCAAAAUAAAGGAAAGUGAAGAGAGUCCAGAUCCUGAGUCAGUUGAGGAAGUGGACAGAGUCACCAGAGAUGUUCAUUUUCAUCUCACAUUAAUUACUCUCCAGUUUGAAGGGAGUUUAGGAUGCUGUCGUUAUUGUAUUGUGUUUAGAAAAGUUCUAUCUGAAGGUCCGAGUGCAGUCUAAAUGUCAUGUAGGCCUUAUUCGUGGAAGUUAGAGGUAAAAACCUGUCCAUAGUUUAAUGCUUUCGUCAUGAAGGUCAUCUGAUCAUGCCUUCAAAUGACAAUAACAGCAAUACUGUGUAGUUACAUGCAGUGGAAAUGAUGUACUUUACCCUGGCAUGUCUAUUCCUGUUUCUCUAGCACUUUCUAAACAAUAUCAACUUCCUGUUCCCAUUAACUGCUUCCUCCAAUUUCUUCUUCCUCAUUUAAACGAUUUUAAACCCCUGUGUGGCAUUAAGGGCGUAGUCGAGCGCUGGUUUGUGAAUGGAGGGCGAGGCCAGGGAAGGUGAGUGACAAGUGAUUACAUCUGUGUAGUAUUAAUGUGUGUGUGUGUGUGUGUGUGUUGCAGUGACAGCUGAGGGUAUAUAUGGUGGGAGGAUACAGAGAAGAAGAAGGCUUCUCUGUGUGCCAUCGUGUGUGGUUGUUCGCGUGCAUAUGUAAUUAAGCUGAAAAGAAAAAAUAAAUAAAGUAUUUGGAAUUCACCCACCUGUCACAGUGCUUCAGUGUUCUGCUCCACUGCAGGGACUGUUACGCUGGUGCCGAAACCCGGGACUCUGAAGUGGACCACCGACAUGGAGUCCUCCCCAUUUAAAGACCUUGCUCAUGCCUUCGCCACUACCCAACAGAGCCAGCACCAGAUACUGGUGGCACUGCGCAACAAACAGGAGCAGAGCUUCGAAACACUGCUACAGGCCUAGAAAGAGGAUCGCCAGGUGUUCCAGAACCUGCUUGCGUCAGCAAGUACCGCAGCCGUAGUGUCAGCUGGUGUCCCCCGCGUCACAUUGACGAAGAUGGGGCCCCAUGACAACCCGGAGGCCUUCCUUGCACUCUUCGAGCAAGCCGCAGACACUGCAAAAAAUGAUAUCUUAGCAAGUGAAAAUAUCUUGAAAAUAGAUGAAACGAUCUAGCAUUUCUUAUUAGAAGAAAACAAGGCACCAAUUUUGAGAUUAUUAAACCUAGUUCUAGAUUGCAACCAAUUUAUUCUAAGAUGUCUUAUCAAGUGUAAUUAUCUUACUGCACUGGCAGAUUAUUUCACUUGAUUAUAGUCUAAAUGUUCUCAAAUUUAUUAUGUUUUUCCUUAUAUUAGGAUGGCUAGUUUUUGCAGUGGAGGCGUGGGGGUGACCGGUUGAGCAGCAAGCGGUACGCCUACUGCUGUUCCUGACCGGGGAAGCGCAGCUCUCCACACAACAGCUUCCCCUGGACAGAAGGCUGGAGUAGCCUACCUUGAACUGAGCCAUCCUGCAGCAUGUUGGCCACACCCCCGAGCAGCAUUGGCAGCACUUCCGCGUGCAGACUUUGGAGGAGGUCAGCUGGCCGGCCCUUUGCGUUUGGCGAGCAGCUCUGGGAUGCCUGUCAGUGGAAGCUGAGGGCAAAAGAUCGUAACACCGAGAGGACCAUCGAUGCAGUGGUACUGGAACAAUUCAUCACUUGGCUGCGGGGAGGAACAGCGGAGUGGGUUCAGUGCCACCGCCCAGUGUCACCCGGCAUUGCUGCCACCAAUCAUGCCAUUGCCCUGGCAGAGGACCAUCUGGCAGCGGUUCCGGUGGCAGCCAGGCAUCCUGCCUCUUCUCUCUCACUCUCACACACACACACACACACACACACACACACACUUUCCCUCUCUCCCCCUCCUUAUCCCUGCACCACGGAAGUGGAGGCCAACCCCCUGCAGUCAGCUCAUCAGCUAACCCUUUGACGCGUACCUGAUGCCUCGCAUUGACGAAUUGCUCGAUUGGUUAGGCGCUGCUUGUUUUUAUUCGACACUGGAUUUAACAAAGGGAUAUUGGCAGAUCUGCUUGACUCUUCUAUCCUGUGAAAAAAAUAGCCUUUUCCAUCCCAUUCGGUUUACACCAACUUGUCACCCUUCCAUUCAGGUUAUUUGGGACCUCGGUGACAUUCCAGUGGCUCAUGGACAAAGUCCUGCACCCACAUGCUGUGUAUGCUGCGGCCUACCUAGAUGACAUCAUCUCAUAUAGUAAUUAUUAGCUGCCACACAUGAAACAUCUUAGGGUGGAUCUAGAGUUGUUGAGGUGCGCAGGGCUCACAGCUAACCCAGAGAAGUGUGCAGUUGGGUGGGAGGAAGUGUGAUACCUGGGCUUCCACUUGGGUCAUGGACAGGUGCAUCCCCAACUUGACAAGACCGCAGCCAUUGCAACCUGUCUGAGGCCCAAGACCAAAAAUGGGGUGUGGCAGUUCCUAGCGCUGGCUGCUAUCGUAGGUUUGUGCAUAACUAUUCAGACAUCGCCAGCCCACUGACUGAUCUCACUAAAAAGGGGGCACCAGCAGGGCUCUACAUUAACUUUUGAAACCACUUGUCCUGUUGGGCAAGUUGAAAGGAAAUUUACUUGUCCGAAGAAAUAUUUGAGAAAACCCCCCACAAAUAAACUAUUUGUAACCCAACAA